CACGGAAAAUCGGAAAAUCAUACAAUUAUUAAUAUAUACUGCACUGGAGGUGCUACGGCAGCAAACUCGUUCGAUUGCUGCACUCAAGAGGAAAUCUCAACUCAAGUUGUCGAAAUGGACCGAUGCAAAAACCGGAGAGGAAGGAGAAGACGAAGGAAAAAAGCUGCAUUUUAUAAGUCCAGCACGUCGUAAAUCGGUGUUAGCCCCGAUACUGAAUAAGAUCAAGAAUGGUGCGGAUGGCACAGACGCUGCCGAGAAGAAACUGGGGGGCGACAAUAGUGGGAGUGGCCAUAUAGCCGUCCAGAUAGAACCGGCUAGGCGUGUCAAGCGUCAUAGCAUACACGGCAUGAUGGAGGAGGAGAACACUAUAAGGCCACAUCAGGAGAUACGACAGCUGACGCUGGAGGAGAAGAAGUUCCUCUUGGCCGUGGAACGUGGCGAUAUGGCGGGCACACGACGAAUGCUGCAAAAGGCGCAGGACACGGACUAUAUUAAUGUGAACUGUGUGGAUCCUUUAGGAAGAACUGCCCUGCUCAUGGCCAUAGAUAAUGAGAAUCUAGAGAUGGUCGAGCUGCUCAUUAACUACAAUGUGGACACUAAGGAUGCCCUGUUGCAUUCCAUUUCCGAGGAGUUUGUGGAGGCUGUUGAGGUCCUGUUGGACCACGAGAAUGUCACCUUUCAGAAUGAAGGCAAUCAUAGCUGGGAGAGUGCCUCGGAGGAAACGUCGACUUUUACGCCCGACAUAACACCGUUGAUCCUGGCUGCCCAUCGGGACAACUACGAGAUUAUUAAAAUCCUGCUAGAUCGUGGAGCGGUUCUUCCUAUGCCUCACGAUGUGCGUUGUGGCUGCGAUGAGUGCGUCCAAUCCAGGCAGGAGGAUUCACUGAGACACUCCCGAUCUCGCAUCAAUGCCUAUCGUGCUCUGGCCAGUCCCAGUCUCAUUGCGUUAUCCUCAAAGGAUCCCAUUUUGACGGCCUUUGAGCUGUCCUGGGAACUGCGACGCUUGAGUUUUCUCGAGCAUGAAUUCAAGAAUGAGUAUCAGGAGCUGCGCAAGCAGUGUCAGGACUUUGCCACUGCCUUGUUGGAUCACACUCGCACCUCCCAUGAGCUGGAGAUUCUACUGAAUCAUGACCCCACUGGUCCCGUUUACGAGCAUGGCGAACGCAUGCACUUGAAUCGCCUUAAAUUAGCCAUCAAGCUGCGACAGAAGAAGUUUGUGGCCCACUCGAAUGUGCAGCAGUUGUUGGCCAGCAUUUGGUAUGAGGGCUUGCCGGGAUUCAGGCGCAAGAACAUGGCACUGCAGGCCGUGGACAUUAUCCGGAUUGGCAUUCUGUUUCCCAUCUUCUCGUUAGCGUACAUUCUGGCUCCGUACUCCAGCAUUGGCCAGACGAUGAGGAAACCCUUCAUCAAGUUCAUUUGCCACAGCGCUUCGUACUUUACAUUUCUGUUCCUGCUCAUGUUGGCCUCCCAACGCAUCGAGACCUUCAUUGGCAGCUGGUUCUGGACGGAGCCGAGCAGCAUGCUCAACCAGGUGGACGAACUGCAGCUGCCCACGAAGCGUGGAGCAAAACCAACGUUCAUUGAAUGGUUAAUCCUCGCCUGGGUGAGUGGCCUCAUCUGGAGCGAGGUGAAGCAGCUGUGGGAUGUGGGAUUGCAGGAGUAUCUCAACGACAUGUGGAAUGUCAUUGACUUUGUGACCAACUCACUGUAUGUGGCAACAGUUGCACUUCGUGUGGUGUCCUUUUUUCAGGUUCAAAAGGAGAUGAUCUUCAACUCGCAGGCAACAGAUUUGCCUCGUGAGCGUUGGGACACCUGGGAUCCAAUGCUCAUUUCCGAGGGCCUUUUUAGUGCGGCAAACAUUUUCAGUAGCCUCAAGCUGGUGUACAUCUUCUCGGUGAACCCACACUUGGGUCCACUGCAAGUGUCUCUGUCUCGCAUGGUCAUGGACAUUAUGAAGUUCUUUUUCCUCUAUGUCUUGGUUCUUUUUGCCUUUGGCAGCGGCCUCAAUCAAUUGCUCUGGUACUAUGCGGAUCUGGAGAAGAAACGCUGUCCGGAGGUCUCACCCAGUCUGCUUUUGAAUAUGAAUGGCACUAAUGAUCCGAAUGCUUGCAUUGUCUGGCGAAGAUUCUCCAAUCUCUUUGAGACCACACAGACUUUAUUUUGGGCUGUCUUUGGUCUCAUCGAUCUGGACAGCUUUGAGUUGGAUGGCAUCAAGAUCUUCACUCGCUUCUGGGGCAUGCUCAUGUUUGGCACCUACUCUGUGAUCAACAUUGUGGUGCUGCUCAACCUGCUGAUUGCCAUGAUGAAUCACUCGUAUCAACUCAUAUCGGAACGCGCGGAUGUGGAGUGGAAGUUUGCCAGAUCCAAGCUGUGGAUCAGUUACUUCGAGGAGGGCGGCACCUGUCCGCCUCCUUUUAACAUUAUCCCCACUCCCAAGUCCAUUUGGUAUGCCUGCAAGUGGAUGCGGCGCGUCUUCUGCAGCGGCUCAUCCGCCGCUCGGCGUGAACACCUUAAGACAAUACGCCGCAAAGCACAGCAGGCCAGCGAUCGGGAUUUCAAAUAUCAGCAGAUCAUGAGGAAUCUGGUGCGUCGCUAUGUGACCGUGGAACAGAGGAAGGCGGAAUCUCAGGGCGUAACCGAGGACGAUGUGAAUGAGAUCAAACAGGAUAUUUCCGCCUUCCGCUGUGAACUGGUCGAGAUACUAAAGAACAGCGGCAUGGACACGAAUGUGACAGCUGGACAAGGAGGAGGUGGCGGCGGUAAGAAGAAUCGUCAGAAGGAGCGACGUCUCAUGAAGGGUUUCAAUAUUGCGCCACCAGGAUCGACCGGAUCUCUGGCGCCCGUGGCAGAGUUCUCCACAUCGUUGGACAACUACGAUAAUCAGCACGAGAUUCUCAGCUCGACGCUCUCCACUCUCUUCACGCCUAACUUUAUGCAUCGACGACAGCACACAACGUGUGAGACUGUUGUGGGCGUGGAGUCUCCAACCACGCCUACUCAGGGCACUGUGGCGACUCCAACUCCACCUGUUGCCACCAAGUACAACAAGUCCACACUGAAGUAUAACAAACGCAUUGCGGGACACAAAAAGCGCUGGGGAACACUCAUUGAGGCCGCCAAAGUGGGCAACGUCAGCAAGAUGCUGGGACGCUCCAAGUCCGAGGAUUCCGUAUGCAAUUCCUCGCAGAACUCCACUCCGGUACAUGGCCAGGUGCGGGUUACGUAUGCACAGAAUUCACCACAGCAUGGUUAUGGUUAUUAUGGAGGAGACUCCCCAGCAGUGCCGCCGUAUCCACAUCCUCAUCCGCCUCCGUCUGUUCCCGCUCCAGCUCCGAGCAGCACCAACUCGGCAGCCCAUGCUCAUAUGGGCGUCGGAGCUCAUUUCUUUCACACGACCACCGGAUUAACUGCCAUUGCUGCACUGAAGCGAAAACGCAAGAAAUUCUCCUCGAGCAAAAAUAUUUGUCCCGUCACGGAAUCAAUUGCAGCUGCCAAUGCGGUGGAGUUACUCAACGACAAGACACUCAAACGGGUCUCCAGUUAUCCGGCAGCCACAGCCGAGGGCGCUGUACCGCACAAGGAUCCCGCCCAGGUUUUAAGGCCUCGACGUCAUGAGCAAACGCAGAGUCAGCACGAUUCGGUGGAGACAUCAACGGAGUUCACCAUGUCCAUUGAUCCAUCCAAUACGUCUGUCAAUUCUCGGGAGCCUCUGAUCAGCAGCAGCUGCGUCUCUACAAUGGCAACUAUUGGCUAA